CUGCUGCAAGAUUAUGAGAUUGUUGGACAAAAGCCUUUCCCACGAACUGACGGCACAGGAAGAUUCCAGGAACAAUCACAGGAUGUUUCAGCCUGAGCAAACACCAGAUGUCUCCACUGCAUGACCUCUUCUCUUCCUGCUAUUGCUGCUAAGAAUGCCCUCGCCCCUCCCUCCUUUGUGUUUCACAAAGGUCACUCCCCCUAUCUGAAAACCUUAUAAGCUAUAACGCUCGCCCCAAUAAACGAGACCUUGACAAUAGAGCCUUCCUUGGUCUCCUUCUUUUCUCCCCCCCUUGACCCUCAGGUAGUGCCUCUUCAGGACCCUGAAUAACUGGACCUGCUGAACUGGUCAAGUGGCGCCUGAACAGGGACCUGAAGCACGGCCAACUACUGGACAACGGAGACAAAGGAUCCACAAAAAGACAAGACUCUUCAGGCCGCAUCGCUAGUGCGUUGCUGGAGAGGGAGGUACGAACGGCUGAAUAAUUGUCGUCCGACUGUCAUGGGGAAGCAAUUAUCUAAAGAAACUUGUUUCAUAGGAGAGAUCAAGCGCUCACUCAGGGAGAGAGGAAUAAGAGUUAAGAAAAAGGAUUUAAUCAAAUUCUUUUGUUUUGUUGAUGAAAAGUGUCCUUGGUUAAUUUUAAGCAGCCCCGAUAUACACCCCCUUACUUGGAAUAAGGUUGGUCAAGACAUUAAUAAGCUCUUGAAAGCCGGUGACCCAGUGUCCGCGGCAUUUUUUAGUUACUGGGGUAUCAUUAGAGACAUUAUAAAAGAUGCUGAGAAAGGAGGCGAGAGUGCCCGCCUCUUAGCUAUUGCAGAGGAUUUCUUACAAGUUUUGUGGCAGCUGUCACCUUAAAGUGAAAGUAAAAACGGGGAGCCACACUCUCCUUGCCCUUCCAUUGUCAUCGAUAUGCCUGGGGAUGGGGGAAAUCCCUCAUCCGAAGUCUUACGCUCUCUAGAGGACCUCAAAAUGUCUAAAAAUUCGAAAACCAUCUAUCCCUCUCUGAAAGGGAUCUCUAGGGACCAAGACAAAGAUAAAAAUGAGAGGCACCGCCUACGCCGCUUCUCUGAGUCAAGACUAGAUCCUCUGAGUCAAGACUAGAUCCCGCCUCUGAGGCCGGGUUAGAGGAGGAAGCUGCCAAAUAUGAGGAGGAGAGGUACGGCCCGGGCCACAGGAACCUCCAGUCUUUUUCACACAAAGAUCCAGACCUACCCACCCCCCACCCUAUUUGCCCCCAAUGCCGUCCAUUCCUCCUGCACCUCUGCUAAUCACAGUGGUAGAGGGACUAACUCAGACUAAGGCUGCGCUUCAGGCUCCAAUCACCGGACUCAAACAAGUCUUACAUUUACAACAGGAGUUAGGGGACCUUACAUUUGAGAUUCAAAACUUACAAGAGACCAUGAGAAGGGGACAAGUUGCCCCCAAAAGGCCAUCUAACACCAUUAAAAAACCCCAGCCAAAACUAACUUUCCCGGAUAUGGCUAGGGCACGCGCCAGACAGGCUAGGGAUGAGCCCAAGUUAGACAAUACUAGGGCACGGAAUAGACCGGCCAGAGAUAGAACCCAAGCCAGAUAGUACCAAUCAUAAUCAAGGAGAGAACAACAAUGAGGAACAAGAGAUCUAAGAAGAGAAUGAUUAUGAUGAGGUAGCUGCAGAUUCUGAUGAGGAAGACUCCGACCAAGGUGAAUACGAGACUUUACGUCCGGUGUACCAAAAACUGAAACUCAAGCAUAUAAAAGAAUUACACUCAGCCUUUCCCAGACCUGUGGUGCGUGCUGUGGAGCCUUGUCCAGUCUGCUCUGUCCUGACUCACGGCUGUUCGCUCCUGCUGAGAAACAAGUCGGUCAGGAAGCUCGCCUCAGCCAUGGCAUUUAAAGAUACCGGGAAGACUCCCGAGGAGCCCGACGUGGCGAUUCACUGGAUUCGAAUCACGCUCACCAGCCGCAACGUGAAGUCACUGGAAAAGGUUUGUGCGGACUUGAUCAGAGGCGCAAAGGAGAAGAAUCUGAAAGUGAAAGGACCGGUGCGCAUGCCUACCAAGACACUGAGAAUCACUACCAGAAAAACCCCUUGCGGUGAAGGUUCCAAGACGUGGGAUCGUUUCCAGAUGAGAAUCCACAAGCGACUCAUCGACUUACACAGUCCUUCUGAGAUUGUUAAGCAGAUUACUUCCAUCAGUAUUGAGCCUGGAGUGGAGGUUGAAGUCGCCAUUGCAGAUGCCUAAGUCAACUGUUUAAAUAAAUUGACUUAAUUGUUUAAAAAAAAAAAA